AUGGUGUUUCCCUUACCCAUAGGCACUGUCGUCGGUGCAGCUGUUGUUGGGAUCGGACUGUAUCUACUCUUGAUAGCAGUGUAUAGAGCUCUCUUCCACCCUCUACGGAACUACCCAGGCCCCUUUCUCAACCGGAUCACUAAGCUUCCGGUUGUGUAUGCCACGAUCAAAGGCAGACAGCCACAAUACGUCGCAUCUUUGUUCGAAAAGUAUGGCCCUGUCGUCAGAAUAAGCCCUAACAACUUGGGGUUCAUUGACGCCCAAGCAUGGAAGGACAUCUACGGCCAUCGUCAAAGUGGGAGGUUCGAGAAGGCAUAUGAGUACUAUCGCCAGACUCCUGCAGGCCCCAUCAACAUGAUCAAUGCCGACCCCGUUGAACAUGCCGCGCUACGUAAAUGGGUUGCACCUAGUUUCUCGGAUCGCUCCAUGAAAGAGCAGGAGCCCAUGAUUGGCGGCUACGUCGAUUUGCUCAUUGACAGGCUCAUGCAAAAUUGUCAUGGCGGGCACACAGCGGUCAACCUUCGCGAGUGGUACAAUUUCAUGACCUUCGAUGUCAUUGGCAAACUUGCCUUCUCUAGUGACUUUGGCUGUCUCGAGUCAUCCGAUUAUCACCCAUGGGUCAGAAUGAUCACGUUUUUCAACCGUGAAACGGUAUACCUUGGUGAGCUAAAGCGGAACGGUUUCAGCUUCCUCAUCAAGUGGCUUGCAAAGGUCGGCCUUGGGAAAAACAGAUUGAAGCACGUGGAAUACACAAAGGAAAAACUCCUCAAGCGUAUUGAAUCCGGGAAACAGCCUGACCUGCUUGAGGGGCUUCUUCACAACAAAGAUGGCGUCGAACUAUGUCUGAAGAGAUUGCAGUCAAAUUCUGGCUUAUUCAUCAUUGCUGGCUCGGAAACCACUGCCACUCUUCUCUGCGGCGUAACCUACCUCCUUUUGACACAUCCCGAAUCAUUCAAACAGGUGGUAGAAGAGGUUCGGUCCUCGUAUACUACAUCGGAAGAGAUCACCUUGACCUCUGUGGCCAAGCUGUCCUACAUGCUCGCAUGCCUGAAUGAGACACUCCGCUGCUAUCCACCAGCACCCGGUUGGAUGCCACGUCGAGUAGUUAAGGGGAUGGGCAGUGUUAUUAUCAACGGAAACGUAGUCCCCGAAGGUACACUCGUCAGCGUUUGGCAGCUCCCGAUGUACCACAGUAAGUACAACUUCAUCGGUCCAGAGGGUUAUCACCCCGAGCGUUUCUUUGGCGAUCUCAAGUUUGCCAGCGACAAGCUGGACGUUCUGCAGCCAUUCAGCAUAGGUCCCAAUAACUGUAUUGGUCGCAAUUUGGCAUAUGCUGAGAUGCGGCUCAUUCUCGCGAGGAUCUUGUUCACCUUCGACCUCACACUUGCCGAUGACAGCAGGCACUGGAUCAAAAACCAGAAGAUUUACAUGCUCUGGGAAAAACCGAUCCUAAAUGUGUACAUGACGCCUGUUCCCACUGAACAAUAG